GCCGCCCGGUCGCGCUGCAACACGCUAAGCUUCUGAUGCUCGUGUGCGGCGCGGGGAGAGGGGCUCGCGGAGGAGCGUGGGUCGCCGCUGCUCUGUCCCGCCAUGCAGGUGUCCAGCCUCAACGAGGUGAAGAUUUACAGUCUCAGCUGCGGCAAGUCCCUGCCUGAGUGGCUUUCAGACAGGAAGAAGCGAGCACUACAGAAGAAGGAUGUCGAUGUCCGGAGGAGAAUCGAACUUAUUCAGGAUUUUGAAAUGCCUACCGUCUGUACCACUGUUAAGGUGUCAAAAGAUGGACAGUACAUCUUAGCAACUGGAACAUAUAAACCUCGGGUUCGAUGUUAUGACACCUAUCAGUUAUCCUUGAAGUUUGAAAGGUGUUUAGAUUCAGAAGUUGUCACCUUUGAAACUUUAUCUGAUGACUAUUCAAAGAUUGUUUUUUUACAUAAUGAUAGAUACAUCGAAUUUCACUCACAAUCCGGUUUUUACUACAAAACCAGAAUACCAAAGUUCGGAAGAGAUUUCUCCUACCACUAUCCGUCCUGUGACUUGUAUUUUGUUGGCGCAAGCUCUGAAGUGUACAGGUUAAACUUAGAACAAGGACGGCACUUGAACCCUCUGCAGACGGACGCUGCGGAGAAUAACGUGUGUGACAUAAACUCCGUGCACGGCUUGUUUGCCACAGGGACAGUGGAGGGUCGCGUGGAGUGCUGGGACCCAAGAACCCGCGGUCGGGUAGGUCUGCUGGACUGCGCGCUGAGCAGCGUCACGGCAGAUUCAGAGAUAAACAGUUUACCAACAAUCUCUGCUUUGAAAUUUAAUGGAGCCUUGACCAUGGCAGUUGGAACAUCCACAGGGCAGGUUUUAUUGUAUGAUCUUCGCUCGGAUAAGCCAUUGCUGGUGAAGGAUCACCAGUACGGGCUGCCCAUCAAGUCCGUUCAUUUCCAGGAUUCGUUAGAUUUGAUUUUGUCUGCAGACUCGCGGAUCAUCAAAAUGUGGAACAAGAACUCAGGAAAGAUAUUUACCUCGUUGGAACCAGAACACGACCUUAAUGACGUCUGCCUCUAUCCUAACUCAGGAAUGCUCCUUACGGCCAGUGAAACCCCCAAGAUGGGCAUCUAUUACAUUCCGGUCCUGGGUCCUGCUCCCAGGUGGUGUUCCUUCCUGGACAACCUGACAGAAGAAUUAGAAGAGAAUCCAGAAAGCACAGUGUACGAUGACUACAAAUUUGUCACCAAGAAAGACCUUGAAAAUCUAGGGCUCACACAUCUCAUCGGGUCACCAUUUCUCCGGGCAUAUAUGCAUGGAUUUUUCAUGGAUAUAAGACUCUAUCACAAGGUAAAAUUGAUGGUAAAUCCAUUUGCUUAUGAAGAAUACAGGAAAGAUAAGAUCCGACAGAAGAUAGAAGAAACGCGUGCGCAGAGAGUCCAGUUAAAGAAAUUGCCAAAAGUUAACAAAGAGCUGGCACUUAAAUUAAUCGAGGAAGAGGAGGAGAAACAAAAAUCUACCUGGAAAAAGAAAGUUAAGAGCCUUCCGAAUAUUCUCACCGAUGAUCGAUUUAAAGUUAUGUUUGAGAAUCCUGACUUCCAAGUAGACGAAGAGAGUGAAGAAUUUAGGCUCUUGAAUCCACUUGUUUCAAAAAUUAGUGAAAAAAGGAAGAAGAAGCUAAGACUCUUGGAGCAACAAGAACUUCAUGAAAAAGAAGAGGAGGAAGAACCGGAAGGAAAGCCAAGUGAUGCAGAAAGUUCUGAGAGUUCGGAUGAUGAAAAAGACUGGGUCGAAGAGGUCAGGAAGCAGCGCAGACUUCUCCUCCAGGAGGAAAAGGUGAAGCGGCGGGAGCGGCUCAGGGAGGACCAGCAGACCGUCCUCCAGCCCCAGUUUUAUGAGAUCAAAGCUGGCGAGGAAUUCAGGAGCUUCAAAGAUGCGGCCACAAAGCAGAAGCUGAUGAAUAAAACACUUGAAGAUCGUUUGAAACUGGAAGCAAAAAAUGGCACGUUGAGUGUGUCCGACACCACAGUUGGCAGCAAACAGUUGACGUUUACGUUAAAGAGGUCUGAACAGCAGAAGAAGCAGCAAGAGGCUGAGAAACUGCACCGGCAAGAAAGGAAGACACUGCGUCGCUCAGCCGGUCACCUGAGGUCAAGACCCCGACGAGGCCGGCCGUUUCACUGAAUCUGGAAACGACCCCGCGCGUGCAGUGCGCAAGGAGCGUCCGGAUGGACGGUCCCUGGAGCGUGUCACACACAGACCGGGGGCACGCGCGGGAGCUCACGGCGGUCCUUGGCGCCUCUGCAGGGUGAGUGGCCGCCUGCCCCCGCGCCCCCACCCAGGCUCUGCAAGGGCCCCCUCCCCCGCCGGUCCGUGUGCGGCCCCCAGGCGCCUCGCUGCCGGUCGUCUCUCCCCGCGGACCUCCCCGGGCCUCCCCGGGCUUGUUUUCCUACGUUGUGAACGUGCACCCUGACGUGGGAAGUUCUUACGUGCUGAGCGCGAGGACUGGUCGUGUCCCGGGACUUUCUUCCUGCAGCACCUGCCGCCACUCCCUGGUGGCCCGCCUGGCCGCCUGCCCCCGGCCGCCCCGCCC